AUGGAGUUGGAGAGGACAGGUGGAGCAGGAGAUCGUGGCAUCGACCUUCGCGGAUGGUGGCAGCUUCCACCAGCACCGACUUCCGCAUUGGCAUUGACAUCGGUAACCCAACCACAUCUACGGCGCCAAAGACGCAUUCGCAUCGUAGCACAGUGCAAGUGUCAAGACGAAGGAGGAAAAAAGAUGGGUCCUGCUCUGGUUCGCGAGAUGGAAGGUGUCAUGUUUCGAGAAUCGUCGGCCGUGUCCGUCUCGAAAGCGCAUCGCGAAGUCACCCAAGCGACAGGCUCUGUUGCUGUUGAUGAAGACGAUGUUCCACUUGCCGGCAUCAUGCUCUCGUCAUCGGGCUUCAGCAAGCAGGCGCUACUUCAGGUACGGUCAAGCAACGUCCCUCUUGCGGCGAUGCAUAUCCUUGCUCAACACCACGCAUCUUGCGCAGGUGCAGAACGAGAUAAUUCAGAAGCACUCGUACAGCGGUGUGUCUCCAUCGUAUGGAACGACCGCUUUGGCUCGCCUACACAUGGCUUGCUCGAGGGUGGAAUGGAAGUGCGUUGGAUUAGGACUCUCUCACGACAAAAGAGCGCUGCGCAAGGCUCGAUGGGAAGACCCGUAAUUUACCAAGCUGGCAAACCGCUCUCGCUGAGCAAAUGA